CUCUUACAUUAUUAGUACAAUGGUUUUCAUCGGUCGCCGUCGCUUCCGGUUUUCUUUAACCUUAAAAUUUGCACUAUUACACACCAUUAUUUCUGCCCAGAUACCGUUCUAAGGCUUGAAUAAAACAAUCUCUUGCCACCGAUUGCUAAUGUUCCACGAAUGUCCACGCAAAAAGCACCGAUUGCUAAUGUUCCACGAAUGUCCACGCAAAAAGCACUUUACUCCGUGCAAAGUACGCGCACGUUUGAUGCGGUUGGUGUCAAUUCAUCAAUUUACUUGUCAACUUGAAAAUCAACUUGUGAUCUGAUUGGCUGUCGCCUGACACUUUCGCCUUUUCAUUGUUAUCUUAGUCCGUUCUAUUUUGGUCAAUUUAUUGAUUGAAAAUGUCCAUUUCGGUCGUGUAUGUCCGAUUAAGAGCGCCUUUGUAUCACUGUUGUUUUUACAAUAAUGUGUGAAGGGAUAGUGAAAUAUUGCUUCAGAGAAUCAGCGGCUUGUGGAGGGAAUUUCGCUAGAAUCGCGGCAGAUUAACAACACGGAUUUUAUGGUCUUAUUCUUGUAGGUUUGAUAGCGUCAUGCUUUGGUGUUUCCUGUUGAUCGGUUCCUUUUUCUCGAUGUUUCAAAGAGGUAAGUUUGCAAAAUAUUCUUACAAUUAUCACACUUUUGCCGAAUAGUCGCUGAAAAUAUCCAAGCAUAAGACAAGCCAGCGAUCUCCUGUAUGCUCAAUAUUACUGUUUGAUUUCCGUAAAGACAACGAACCAGUAAUUUCAGCACGUAUUGCGCUUGUAUCAACGAUGAACGAUCCACUACAUUCCAAGAACUUUACAAUCUGGGGUCAGUGUUUAUUGUGGAUAAUGUUUUUUGUGCAGAAUGGCAACGAUCUCAGUCGCGGACACAACGGUAUUCGGUAACAAUUGUCGUCCAACUACGGACCAUUUAUUUCGAUGGAAGAUUUCUUAAAUUCGCUGAACGCUCUAAACAUUAUCGCGGUAGUAAUCUAAAGUUGUACUUUCGUCGCCCGUCAUCCUAGAAUAUGAGAGCUCUUGAGAUGAUUGAUUCUUGUAACCCCUGAUUUGUUGCGAACUCUCUGCAGGCCUAUAGAUCGCUUGUAAAUAACUCGAACCUUUGUUGCAUCAGGGCCCGCUGAGUUAAAUGGCGUCACCAUCCUGACUCUUCCCUGUCCCGUAACUAUAGUCACCCACACACAGCUGAGUAAUUAAACAACGCUUUUCAACACGUGAAAGUCAGAGCUUUUCGUAAUCAGUUCAAGAAGCGAUCAAAGCGAUUAUUUGCGACAUUGUUGAUGGCAUGUUUCAAACGAUCGCAUUUAUAACCAGUCAUUCGCUGAUUACUAUGAAGUUAACAUUGCUUAUUUUCCUUCUUCCUCAAGGCUUGGCUCAGGGAAGUUCAUCGAAUACUGAUCCGGGUGGGGGGAAAACUCCUCCAUUAGAAAUCGUGGUAAAGCUAGGAUCGGACGCGAUUUUACCGUGCGAUGCUGUAGACGCAGAUCGAUCGCCGGACCUCAUAGAAUGGCGAAAGAACGGAUCGAAAAGUCCAAUUUUUAUGAAGUUCAUGAGCUUCAAACCUCACAUUGAUUCGCGCUAUUCUCGCCGUGUUCACAUGAUCAAUACUUCUGCAAUUUUGCUUUCGGGAGCAAAGGAUACUGAUGCGGGAAUAUACCGGUGUAGAACGAUGCAAUCUGGAUCUGAAAGUACGAUCAUAACUCAUGGAAGAUGGGUCGUUCUCAAAGUCAUUGGUAAGUUGACCCACUUGUAUUGUACAGGAGUAAAUUAAUGUGUAUGACGUCUUUGGGACGGGAGUGGAUAUUAGCGAACAGGUGCUUUACAUUGUUCAUCCGCCGGUUGUAACGAUACCUUAUGAUUUGGUUCUACCUUUAUUUAUCAGAAAUCUUGUACACUAAAAUGUAAUUGAACUGUCGACAUUAAUGUCAAGGAGCGUAGCUUGUCUCUUCUCAAACAUGAGGAUAUUAAUUCUCAGUAGAAUUGUAACUUUAUCGGUUUAAGUUCUGCGUGACACGCACAGGACACGUUUCCGAUUCUUAGCAACCCGCUGAGCGAGACGUGCUUUGCUUAGAGGAGGAAUCGUGCGGUUUCUUGUUCCGCCAUUGUUUUGAAUCUGUUUCUAGUAGUCACGUCAUAAAAUCCCUCACCAGGAGACUCUUUAUUAGUGAACAGCUUAAUUCGUCUAGCCAAGGUUUCUUUUCCUUCUAAUGUUUGGAUUUAUUAAUUUGAAGCCUCCAUCAAGUAAUGACGAUUUCCCGAACCGCCUCACUACAAAUUUUCGUCUGUUAAUAUGACAGUAAUUUCACAAUGUUUCUUUGAAAACGCUUGGUGAAUAUAUUCAUGGUGGUUAAAAUUCCUGAGUGUCUUAAAAAAACUUUUGUUCGUGUAGCGCUCCCACCCAAAGGAAAUGUCAUUUCUACCCAAAUAAUUAAAUUAUCAUUUUUCAUUGAGGCGGCAUAAAAUAGCAGUGACAUCAGGUUUUGCUGUUAAAAACUCAGAGUUUUAAAUCAGCGUGGAAGAAAUCCUAUUUUUUUAUUUCAUAUCCCGUUAGAAGAAACUCAAAAUCUGUCUUCUGAGAUUAAAACGGCUUUGAAACUUCAUUUUUACGCGUCGGUUUGAAUCUCUUUAUACCAGUGUGAACAAUUCGGAGUAAAAAGUUUCUAUUGUAAAACUUUGAAGUUAAAAGACGCUUGAGUAACCAAGCGUUUCGACCCCCGACUGAACUAGAAAAUUUCGUUGUAAUUCAUUAAACAGAAUUUUUCUACGCCGUCUCCGCUGCAAUUUUGAAUAAGUAACCAGUACAGACGGUUUAAUCCCAGAUUCUAAGCUUCGUGUUUGUGAGCCGCCUUCCUAAUCCCUACUGAUUGAAUGUGCAUUGUGAUUUUAGAACGCUGGGGUAUUACAAUAUAAGGACAUAAUUGCUAUGUUAGACCGACAAAGCCUUAUAGUUUGGCCAGCAAAAUAUUCAACGUCUGUAAGAAAUAUUAAGAAUUAAGUUUGAACUUUAUCCGCUCUGCAGGUGACUUAGACAACUUUAAGGCAAGUUAGAUUAAAACCAUUCACGACUUAACUUUAAAAUGGAGAGUAAUAUUAAACCCCUUUCCAUAAGACUUUCUCACCCGCUUUGUGUUGAAAUGAAUACAGCGAAAAGAAUGUAACACAAGCCUUUGAGUCGGUUUUAUCGUGGAAGAACGUUGCAACUUUCUUUUCAGGUUAAAAAGUGGCUUGCUAUCUCAAGUGAAGUUUGAUUAUUGAAAGUUAAGAACUACUCAUAAUAAUUUCCAGUUUUAUUCUAAUGUGUUUGAAAAAAGUUUUAAUAACACUAAACUGCAAACAUUUUUCGUCACCUUUCUUUGAACUGUACAAUUUCAGUUGGAUAUAAACUAACGUUACUUGCAGCCGACUCAAUUCUAGUUCAACUGGUGUAAGAAAUGAAAAACAACGAACAAUGGGACUAAACUACAACUGGAUUUAUUCGGGGCAAAGUAUUCUUUUUGACCGCAAGAAACAGACCGAUUACCAAUCUAUCGCCCUGCUUUAGAGAAAAACUUUCCCGCACAAGCAAAUAGUGCGUGCAAUUUAAUAUCCUCUGUUUGAAAAGGUUUUACCAGUUAUUGACCCAACUACCGACAUUUUGACAGUAAGUCUUUGCUUGUCACAUCCGAUGUUUUCCUUUCACUCCACAAGAAGUUACGUUGCGCCUUUGGAAUUCAUAUUAUCCCAAUUAACUUUUCUUUAUUCCAUAUUUCGUUUGGAAACGAUUUUCACUUUGUUGUAUUUACCUAUGUGAUGAGGUGAACACGGUCGACAUCCAAAGCAUAUUUCGCGAAACUUUGUUCGUAAAAGCAUUAACUUAGACUCAGGAAAUGCAAGAGUUCAUUUUCAAGAUCUAAUAACGUUUUUGUUUGUUCAAAUAAAAGAGCAAACCGACUGACGUUUAUUUCAAAAACAUUGUAAGCCCCCUUGUAAUUGCCAUGGCAACAAAACGUGCUUGUGUGAUUAAGGUGCCAUGAGCUGUCAGCUUGGAGGAGAGAAUUCACGGGUGGUCAGUUGAUUUAUCCUUUGAAAAGCAAGUCUUUUGAAAAACUGUCAGGUUAAAAAUAAUUUGGUCAAUAUAUGAACACGCAAGGGAAAGGACAAGAUUCACGAUACGUAACUUUGCAAUGCAGUGCACUGAGUUUCGGCCGAAUGGACCCAACCGAUCGGGAAAUUUAAUUAUGGCUAAGAUGUCCAAAUUUAAAUCAUUGAAUCCUUCUUUAAAGCCAUGAACAAACAGAAGCAUCGAUCACUGCCGACACUGCACAGGAAACUAAUAACAGUGGAGGUCUUGUCUUUUGUACAAGUUGAUGUAGCUCUGAGAUUUAGUUUACUUUCUUAAAGCUAAAAUCUCUCUCGUUUGUCGAGUCUCCAAAACCAAAUCUCGUCUGUUUUCAUUUAUUCUGAGACGGCACCUCGUUGUUUUGUAAACGUCCGUCUGAGGCAAACAAUUCCCAUGCCAAGAUAAAUAAACUUGUUUAGCAUGUCAAUUAGUUUACAAUGAAAAAGCAAACAGUACCGGGAGUACUGAAAAUUAACCAGAGUUUCGGCAUCACACAAAUGCUUUAAAUCAUUAUGUUGACUACAUAUGCGAAAACAAAAAAAUCUGACCUCAAACUUCCUAAGGCACCCAGGUUUCAUGGUUGUUGACCAAUUUUGUUUACGUUAAAAGUUCCGCUUUCCUAUGUGGGUUAACGCUGUGACACAUUUUAAUCCCUAAUACAGCGUGUGAUCAAUAACUUUAAUUAACUUGGUAGUUGUAACUUAAAAUUUUUGCCAUAAGUGUUUUAAAUCAUCCUAAUUUUUUUUUCCCCGUUACUCUUAAAUUUAAAAGCCCUGUACUUAUUUACCUCAUUACCUUCUUAUAACGAUAACAUAAUCCUAUAUUUAAGCUGAUAAUUUACUAAUUCAUUCUUUAAGUCUUAUGAUAACCAUUAAUAUUUCGGCUUUUCUCUUUCACGGUUUAUCAGCCCCUUUGUCGGUCCCUCCUUUCUUCUUAAGGAAACCGCUGGACAAAAUAAUUGCUAACGAGAGCGAUUCGUUGACUCUGCUCUGCUUGGUUGGGGGUACUCCGGAACCGGAAGUGGAGUGGUUUAAACACGGGGCACCUAUACCAUUCGAACGCGCCUCUGUCUUCCCCGGAAGUCGGCUCACAGUGACAACUGUUGUGCCAGAUGACAGCGGUCGAUACCAGUGCUCAUCGGCUAAUUCUGUUGGGCAACUUCAUCACGUGUUUGAAGUUACCAUUAAGCGUAAGAACCGAUUUUUUUGUCGUCUACAAAUUCAUCACAGCACUGUGUAUAUACAACCAUCAUUUGAACACCACCGCGAAACGUACUUCCUUCUAACUUUUGUUUAUGUGUUGCUUGCAUCGCCUUUUGACAAUUGUAACUCUCCAUAUUGCUGAAAAGGGUAUCUUAAUUCAUGAACAGAUUUCUCAAAAGAACCCAAGAAAUUUUUCCCAGUUAGUCUUGCUUUUCAUGAACAAUGAAAAGGAAGAAAAACAAACUUGGAAAUUGUGCUUAAUUUGCUGACAUUACUAACCCACGGUACUCUUUCCUGCAGUUUGGGUAGUUCUUUGUAUGUCUUCACUUGUUACCUGACGCGUGUUACACAAUUCUUUCGAGCUUUUAUUGUGUUUUAUGUUGUUGCAAUUUUAUUACUCAGUCCUGGUCGUUAAAGUAACUUAUCUAACUUUUGCCCCAAUUUAAGUACAAAUAAUUUCUUGAUAGCUAAUAUGAUAUACUCAAGGAAAUCUGAGAAGCUGUUUUAUUUCGCUUCAACCUAUUAAAUUGUGAGCUUCACACUAUAUUGAUGUGAAUUUGAAGAAUGUUAAAAGGUUUUGUGGGAUCGAAAUGGUCAAAGUUGUACAAUAUUCAGAGAUGUUGAAACAGAUUUCUGACACGUGAGAUAUCGAAGACGUUUUUAGCUGGCACAUAAACUAUUUUCAGUAUCCUUGCCAAUUAAGGAAAAUUUUGUGCUUCCCUCACGAGACCUACACCGCUUCAUCCGGUGUCUCAGUUACACUUCAGUAAACGAUAAUCUGCACCACUGCUUUGUCAUACUUAGGUCUCGAUUAAAUCCGUCCAGAAGACAAGUGUCCUUUUUAAAACUUUCUUUCUUCCUUCCUAUUUUCGUUCCAGUUCAUUCAGCUUCAUGUAGGUUUGAGCACGUAUUCUCGCGUGAGAACGUAUUCUCGCGAAUUUUUGGUUACCAAACAUUUAAAUCACCCAGCUGAUGAUUAAUAAGCGUAUCAUUGAAGUGGGGUUCACAUAAUUGUCGCUUUAAAAAUGCAAAUUUUAAUAUUGGCAAAUGUAUACGAUCCCAACACUUUAGGUUCAAUUUUGUAUUACUUUUCUUGUUAUUAGGAACCUAUUAAGUGUGGAUAAUUUAGUGGUCGGGUUCUAUAAAUUAGAGAAAAACAAAAAAACAAACAUCCUGUCUCUCUACAUAUUUCAUGCCUUCACCUCACCUAGGUAUUGAGAUUUUUUCAUGACAACAUUCCAUUUUUCCCAGGGGCCCUCUUACGAGUUCAUAACAAUCUUGGCGAUAUUUUAUAUCUUUUCCAAUCAUUCCUUUUUGGCUCCAUUGCAAUACCUUUUAUGUUUUUAAACCAAAUAUUAGACUUGAGUUAACAACACGUACUUUUGUGGUGUGAGUCAUUAUUUUUACUCGCUCAUCCUCUUCCGGCAUUUCCUAAGAUAGAUUUGAGCGGAAAUGCUGUAGAUCCGUCAAAAGAUAACCUAACCCACGCACUCAGGGCUUCCUACAAAGUGUUCAGUCUAGAAAUUUGAAAACGAUGCUCUGAAUAGUGCUCUUACAGACUAAGUAUCCUAAAUGUGAAUUUGUUGUGAUUAAUAUCAUUAACGAGUGAGUUGCCAUUGGUUCGUCGAGAGGCUUAAGGGCAGAUUUCAUGGAAAGUUGUUGACAUUUCUCCGAUCAGACAAAAGGAAUCUUUUAGUGCAGUGUAACUCGAUACACUUGGGGAAAGUGAGUUGUUUUACACGCAAAGCUUGCUGAACAGCAAACAACCCCGAUGAGUUCUACUGCAUGUCUGGUUUUAAAGCGAAAGGAACAGACUGUGUUUGGGAUGCUUAAUAUCGUGUUGAUAGUGGGGAUGUGUAGCUCAGCAGUGCUAGCUCAAGGUAUGAUAAUAAUGCACGUUCAAUGAUCAACCACUGUUCAACUCAGUAGCUUUCUUGAUCCCUCAAUGAGUUGCGUUGGUCGAGAGGUUACAUGAGUUUCUGCGACUGAGGAGCGGAAGAUCAUCUUAGUAUGGACCGAUCAGAAGAUAUUUGAACAUCAUUGUGCGUUGAAAUAGUAAGCGGCAUCCUCUACCAAAGGAGACAGGAGUCUAAAUGCAACAGCUCACCUGAAAACACUAUAUCUCUGGUAACACAUCAAGCCUCAAGUGUUGUUGUCUACCCGCUAAUCACAGGCUUAUAUGUAACAUUGCCUUCUCGUCUAUUGCUUUCGUUUGAGAAUCUCCAGCUCCAAUUCUGCUCAUUCUGAACGAAUCAGUCUUAAGGUAGCAAGGAGUCAGUUUCAUAAAUCUUUAAUAUUCUAUAUUUCUACGAGUUCUUGAAUGGAACGUUCUGUUUCAAAUAACUUUAAAAGGUUGAUGAGAGGUCGCGUGCUGGAGAUUUUAAUCUCUGUUUGAUACAGUUUCGUGUUACUGGUAUCCGUCUGAAAGAGUCGUAGGCAUUUUUGCCAAAAUUUCCCAUGUUCUCGUUAUUUAUCGUGAGCUAGACGGUAGUGAGCUUAGCAUACCUUUCUAAAAUUAUGUGUUCAAAAGUUCCCACAAGUCUUGUGAUUUAUCGUUUCAUCCAAGACGAUCAUUCACGAAAGCUAAUUAAACACAGUCUGUUCUUUUGCUUCCCAGUAACCUGAAGUAACGUGAUCCACGCUCUUAUAUUUUUUUCAUUCACGCUUUUCCAUUUAUACAUGAAUUGGUUGUUGACACAGCAUGCUAAGGAUGUCUUCACCAGCACACUUGAAAACAUCCCGUUGUUACAUAAAACACAAUUUGAUCUUGCUUUGCUUCCCUUCGCUGUUUAUGUUUCAGGGAAAGUUGGUUUACCAUCUCGUCGAAAAACAGUGGUUGAAAAAUAUCCAGCGGUCCUUGACUGUCUCACUGAUACAAACCUGCCGAGUGAAAACGUCAUAUACAGUUGGACUAAAGAUGGCGCGGAUGCUGCAUCAGACACACGGGCCACAGUCAUUGCUUCCGGUGCCUUGUUUAUCAAAUCAACCCGCAAAACCGAUUCCGGUGUGUACCAGUGCACUGCGAAAACAUUUGACUCAAGUGGCUUGGUUACCUACCCUGGGGCCAAAAUACUCUUGGAUGUUCAAUGUAAGCAAUGGAUGAAGUAACUUUGCUCACUUAAUUUAUUUUUUUUUAUCAAGCAGCUGGUCUGGGUCUGUUUGUUGAUUCAAGAUGAAUAUUUGAUUAAACAGAUACUUUGAAGACUUUCUAUUCUAUCUCAUUUAUCUCAGAUACCCCUACGGUUGUCGAAAUGCAGGACACCGUGGCAGUACCCGAGGGCUCUGAUGCCCGGUUGCCGUGUAUCUCCGUUGGAAACCCGAGCACUUCUUUUACAAACUGGACGCGACUCGGUGAAGACCUGCGAUCACGUUCAAGGUUUGCUGUGCUGGAAAAGGGUUCGUUACUGAUACAGGAUGUUCGACGCACAGACGCGGGGGAAUACGCUUGCACUCCCUAUAACAAAGUGGGGCCAGGAGAAACAAAAAUAACAAGGCUUGUCCUAAAAGGUAAGAAUUCCUACUAGUCGCUUUGACAACAAAGCUGCUCUUGCCCAGAAUCUGAUGUUUUUCCUGUCUCUAUUUUAUCGCAGUUGUUCCAAAGUUUAUAGUUGCACCUCCAAGUAUCAUGACGCUCAGAGUGGAUGAUGACGUCACACUGGUCUGUGAAGCUACUUCUGAUUCUACUCCCACGUUAAAGUGGGAACGCGAAGGAGAACCUUUCCCAGAAGGCCGUACGGUCAGACAGGGGGGCAAGCUAGAAAUAAAAGGCAUCCAGAAAGAUGAUUAUGGGGUGUACACGUGUAUUGCUACAUCAGCUGAUGGACAGGCUAAACAUUCCACAACUAUAGCCGUCAUUUGUAAGUCGCACACUGUAAUUUGUCCAAUGUUUGAGAAAUAGAUGCCUUAAUCGCGUGAAUUUUGUGUUAUUUUACAGCCACUCCCAGCAAACCCACGAUACUAAGCGUUCAGUUCAACGACGCGACGGCCAUGAUAACAUGGCGGCCUGGGUACGAUGGUGGAUAUCCCCAAAGGCUGGAAGUCUGGCACCGACUUACCACUGAUAAUGAUUAUGAAUGGCUCAAGUCACCUAAUUUACCAGCUAGCGUGACGUCAUACCAGAUCUCAGACCUCCAGCCGGAGCACCCUUACUUAUUCAGCAUCAGAGGAAUCAACCGAGAAGGGGCUGGGCACUUCAGUGAUAUUGUGGAAGCCAAAGGCGUUCCUCCAGUCAUAAAUCGAACGCCUGACAAACCAGGUAAGGUCACUAACCCAGUUUCUGUUCGACCAUGUUCCACAGAAUUCCUGCCAGUUGAAAUGAUACACUGCAAUUUGUAGUCGCUUGCUUCUUAAGGGGUACAUUUGUUGUAAAUUAAAAUUUACAUCUUGAGUGUAACUUAUCCUUCUGUUUCUCCGUAAUGACCGCAUGAUUUACAAAUUUAUUGACGAAUUUGCAUUCGUUGUAUUUGUGCUAAUUUGAUGAUUAAACUGCGGAACAAUCUUAUCAAUCAAAAUGUUUAAUUUAGUAUUAUUUUUCCAACAGGGAAACCUUUAGCUCCUCAGAAUGUUGUUGUUAACACCACUAAGGACGGAUACUGGGUCAUGUGGUCCUACUCAGCUGUACCUGGUCGGCCGAUUGUGGAGAAGUUUGUCGUGGAGUACAGUGAAGGAAAUGGAUCAUCCUCUUGGCGUAUGGCAGAUGCUGCUGUCCCAGCGGAUCGCAGAAAGUACUUGUUCAACGCAGAAAAAAUAGAAGCUGGAAAGAGCUACGACUUCCGGGUUUUUGCAUUUGGUGCGAACGAGUUUAGUGAGGCUGCUUAUGUGUCCAAGACUUAUAAACUUGGUGAGCUCUAAAUCAUUAUUUUGGCCAUAAAUCCUCGCGAGAAUGGCGAAGUAGAGUUCUCAUUUUAAAACUACCAUGUUCGGUAGCCAAUAAGAAGCCUGGGUGAAGAUUUUACAGUGCAAUCUUGAAGGUUAAGCUUUUCAAUUCUUUCGGUGAUUGUAGAUUUCCGACGCCUUUUCGCCGGGUCUGGGUCUGUGAAAUUGUUUUUCAUUUUUUCAGUCGUUUUUUCUUAUGAAGUUUGUCAUCAUCUGAUGUUUUAGGUUCUCCAGUCAUCGGCAAACGUUCCAGUGACGAUGACGUUGUUCCCAUCGUAGCUGGAGUCCUUGGAGCCAUCGUUGGUCUUUUCCUUCUCGGCUUAGUUUGUUUCUGCUUCAUUCACAGGAAGAAAUCCAGAAAACACCGUAAGUUGAAUUAUAAUGUCCUCUUCAUUAAAAGGUGCAAGCCACAGCACACUUCAUACACCAAUCAGCUCUUUUCUUAAUAAAUAGUGAAUGACGAUUUAGCCUUAGGGGAAACUUGGUUUCUGAUUGGCUGUGCUUGGUUAUAUGGUUCCAGAGUCUGAACCGCGAAUCUGUAAGGCUGCUGAGCCCUGAUUCACGCCUCAUAUUAUAUUAGCGUCUAGAGGGUAUUGUGGAGGAUCUGCUAUAAGGUUUUUAAAUGAUUCUUUUUGUAAAAAAAAGUCCGGUAAGGAUUUAGACGUUUGUUAAUUUCUCAUUUCUCUUUCAGACAUAAAUAAAUCCGGGGACAAGAAAGUUCAUUUCAUUCUUCCAAACAGGUACAUUUCUACAAAUUGUUUAUUUACUGCUAUGAAUACAAACCCUAUGGGACCGUGGCCUAAAAAAGAUUAUCAAGUAAAUAGAUAAAUAAGAAGACGACUACAUACCAAACUGUGGUCUGCUCCGGUUAUUUUUAUCUCAGUAGUCACGUAAAGGGGUUCCGUAUUAUGAUUGGCUCAUCAAGAGCUAGUUUAUUAACUGCAUCACAUCGACAAAGAAAAAUGUUAGAACUGCAUUUUCCCAUUUGAAAACUCUUGUUGUCGAACCGCAGUACUUUAUCAUUGAAUUAGUCAGUACCCUUCUUUUCAAAAGCCCAACCGUUCACACAGCGCGUCUCUAAGUUAUAUUAUUGUGACAAGUUGAUCUCUUUGAAUUUCUUGGCAAAUUCUCAUCGGCAUAGUCUGGAGAUAAAAAUAUAGAUAUUUGAAAUUCGAAAGGCACUACAAUAAAUUUGAUCUCAAGACAGUUGACGAAAUUGGCGAUUAUUUUCCACGAUCGCUAUUUUUUUGUAGUUGAGGAAAGAUUCGAUAUGUUGUAAUUCUUGCCAAUGCUAACGUACAUUAUUCACCUGUAAAACAAUUAUUGUGGCUGGUAUGUAAAUUAGACUCGAUUCAAUCGCUUUCACUCCUUUUUUAUAAUUCAUGCCGACUAGAAAGUCAUCUUUGUCAAAUUUAUGACAGGUGUCAUUCACUUGAUAGCUUUGUUGGUUUCCAAGCCAGGGACAGGCAUGAUAAAUUUAUUAAAACAGAAAGACGACCCAGUCAUGCAAUAAUUAUAACUAUUUGAGGAGUUUCUGUUUCGGGAUCGAUUACUCGUUGAAUUGUUAAAUUUCGAAGAGUUUCUGAGGUCGUGAUGGGAAAUUUAUUGAGGUAACUUAGUUAGAUCAUAAUUCGCCUGUUUUUUUACUGUUUUGUUUUCUUGGCGUGAAUUUCGGAUCGUAUUAAUUAUAGAAACAUUGUAAAGUUAAGGUUUGCGUUCUGUUGGUAGUGUCAUUCUGUAUUUUUCACUUAAGAACAAGAAAAAAUAUUUGUACCCAAGAACUCAAUGAAUUUCUGUUUGAAUAAAGUGAUAGCUGGACGCCAUGUUCAUCGUCAAUUCUCAAAAUUAAUCACCGAUGGCUUUUUCUGUGUAAUGACCCAUUAGAGUAGAAAAGCGAUUGUAAUUUUGUUUUAAAUUUACAAAGUAUACCUGUAAUAGUCUUUACGGUGCCGGAAUGAUUUCUAGCAGUUUUAUCUGUAGCCUUGCAACAAUGCUUGAAAUAAUCUCGAAAAAGCCGACUGAAUUCAAUCUCUCCUAUUAGUCUGACAGUCGUUUAGUUCACAUCAGUGACAAGUUAAUUUGUAAGUUUCAUUCCAAACUCCUUAGUACAGCCAGUAUGAUGUUCACGAUUGGACUGCCCUGGCUCAUUUAUAUUCAUCAAAGGGUUGAUUAUUCACCAAAUUUCCGAACGAACAGAGGUUUCUUCUGUCACUUAUUCAUAUUUUGAGAUUAUUACUCUUUUUCAGUAUAAAUGCUGAAUUAUUUUUUUUAAACUGUUAAUUUUACGUUUUAGCCGAGAAUCCAUAGUGCAAACAAUUUGCAUGAUACAUGCAAAACCCAAAACCCACCCACCAAUUGAACGAUUUGAGAAAGGGGAAAUUUGAAGAUUUUUAUGUGAAGUGUUUGGUAACUUGAUAUGUUCUUUGAAGUUUUGUGAUGUUAUGUACCGUGUUUGCGUCAUUGAAAGGUUUUAAGAUCUAACCGAUGUAGUUAAUAUUUUAUGACCUGUUUUAUAAUAUCUUUACAUUAUUUUCAGUCCGUCAGAAACAUUGUACUCCUUUUUUCUCUUCACAGCACAAGUGAAGCUUUUGAACCCGAAGAUUCCGAGGACGACUUCCUUGACGCUGAAAUUAAGUUGCGUCCCGAAACUGUCCGAUUUAUUCCCGAUGAUAACGAAGGAAGAGACGGCGAUAAAUAUGCAAAGAUGAAACGAGAAGAAGAUCUGAUCUUAUCGGGUCAUGACGGUCGGUACAGCGGAGACAUGUUACGUUAUGCCAAGCUAGUAAUGAGCGCAUCACCGCCUCAAUCACCAACAGCUUCUGAGGAUUCGGAGAAAGUUCAUUACUUCGGUGACUUGGAGACUCGGGACGGCCAGUCAGGCUGGUAUGAUUGUACCUUAGCAAAGCCCGCAUCCCGCGAGGUACGGGAUUCGUACGAUCAAUUCUGUAGGCAGCCUGACAUAGGAUCGCGGGAUUCUCUUCAAAUAUCUCCCUCCGGAUUUGGACGAAAGGCUUCAUAUGAACAGUUAGGAUCUAAGGCUCACGCUAGGCAGAAAUUUGGUUCUAACAGCAGUUUACCAGAGAAGAAGUUAGAAGUUAGUAUGUUCCGUAACCCGCGCUUUCAACCCAUACAGGAAGAAAUCCCGCGGGACGGGGAUAUCCCUCGAGGUGGCGCACCACUUGGGAGAAGACAGCCUCAUCAUUGGUCGACUCCAGCAGUUUUCACCAGAAGACAAGAUUCAAACAACAACAGCGAUGGAAAGGGUUCGGAUUCUGACUCGGGAGAUUCCAUGGUACGAGGACGAAAAGGGAGGCGACACAGACCUCAUUCGUUAUACGAAGGAAAGCUUCGGCCGAUUUCGGAACAGGAUUCUGAUCCAAAGUUCCGGUGCACGUGUGAUGAAGAGGACGAAUCAGACGAGGGGCUGAAGUAUCCAAAGCAGAAAGGACGAGAGGUCAAUAGCACGUCAUCACUGGGAAGGAAACUCACUGAGCCUGAGUCAUCUUACCUUCAUUUAGAAAGGUCCGACUCUCAGAGACUUUCCUUUACUGAUCAGUUAAAAGGUUGGGGCGAAUCUUUAUUCGCUGGCGAACCUUACGACAAACACUCAAAGAAGGACAGACCCUCAGCAGCUCCAAUCUAUACGGACUCGGAAAAUAGCGUGUCUCCGGCAAUUUCUUUGGUGUCACUGUCGGAGACUGAAAGUGACCGUGAAAUCGGCCAGAAGCUUUACGAAAGUCAGCCGAGUGGUGCAGCCAACAACCGUCAAUCUGACGUAGUUACACUUCCACGCGCGGUAGCAAAUCUAAAAUCAGUUGAUUCGGAGUCGUCUUCCGAUGAACGUGGGAAUUCAGGAAGUCGCGAUAGAUCAAAGAAACCUUCGCCGCCUGUUUAUAAGGAGAAGAAGCCUCCCUCUGUUACAGAUUUAAACAUAAAUCCCAUUGAGCCAGCAAAUUCAAUGGACCAGCUUAAAUUGUGUGAUCCUUUCUUCCAGGAAAGACACAGAGUUUCUAGAUCUUCUUCAAACGCGUCAAGUGGGAUUUGCUCAGUGAUUGUAUCAUCCAGCGAAACAAACAGCAUUGAAUCACCCAGAGAUACUUCAAAACGAUCAUCCCGCUCAAGCGAUCGAACUUCCACCGACCGAGCGUCGAGCGGUUACGCGUCUUCUCGGGAUAGUUACGACAAUCCUGAUCGGAUAAGACCUGAGGAUUACUCAAAAGCGCACGCGCAAAGGCGUUUGAGAGGUAAGCGGCUUUCUCCACAUGGAGAUCCAUAUGAGUUGGAUCCUUCAUCGAGUGAAAUGGAGGAGUUAGAUACGGAAGGAGUAUCAUAUGAUCCAAAAGUCUACGAAGAUCUUAUGAUGUUACAGCAAGAGAUGGGUGUUAACUUGGACGGCAGUGAUUCCAGUAGAGAAAGCCUCAAAGAAAUGGAAAAACUGUCCAAUACAGAACUUCUGAAUUAUUCUCCUGAACUGUCUCCAAAGAAAUACAAAGUUGAUCAGUUGAGCGACGCAGAGAAAGAUCAGCGGUGUUCCAAGCUAAUGGAGGAGUAUAAGACCAACAAGAAACUGCAAAAUGUUAGGGCUAGUGGCAGUCAUGUGUAUCGAUCGUGGGAUCUGUAACGGAACUGGAGGAUUGAAAUUCCUGACUGAGUUCACACUACACCUCUCCGAAAAAAAGGGUGUGAUAAGAUCUUUGUGUCUGGAUGACGUUACGCGUGCCAGGUGAGGGUUUAUCUCGAGUUUGGAGGCACGCGCCUAGAUUUGUUUUUACCACAACUCGAGCAAAGUCGUGGGCAGUUUAUCCUGAUGCUCUCUCGGCGACCUUUGCAAGAUUCAGAUCCAAUCCCGGUGACCUUUGCAAGAUUCAGAUCCAAUGCCGGCGACGUUUGCAAGAUACAGCGGAAUGAUGGGGUAAAUUUUAAUAAAGCUCCCGCUAAAACGCAGUUAUGCUCUGAAAAUUUUUAAAAGUUGAUGUUCGGGUGAAUUCCUAACUCCAAUCUUUAUUUAUUGCGAAGUUUGAAGCAAUUGUUUAAUAGUCUGUUUGGAUAUACUUAACAGGCCAUUUAAGUCGUAUUUUCUUUUAGUAUGUUUCAGAGUAAGCAUGUGAUCCAUUAUCGGCUAGAUUUUUUCAGUAUCGAAAUCUUUUCCUCAUGGAAAUCUUUCGCGUGUGGCUCCACUGAUGUAUGUAACUGCAAAAGCAAGUGUUCAUUCCAUACAUUGUACAGAAAAAUAAUCGAAUAAUUUCGAGCUUACAAGAGUUUUCGACUUUCAAUGAUUGUGUAAAACUUUGGUAAACAACUUUUUGGAUAAUUUGUGUGAAGUUUAUAUACAUUAACAGUUCUGUUAUUCUUGCUGAGUUAUUUUAUGCUAAAGUGCUUAAAGCAAUUUUUUUUUACCAAGCAGAAGUCAUUUCGCUGAACUGGACAUGAUAUUCAUUUGUUUAAGUUUGGUUGUUGAGUAAUUGUCCACAGAUGAUCAAGGUUGAUUUUUAAAACAAUGGAAAUUCAGGUCAUUAAGGUAUCAAAUGAACAAAGAUGAUACGCUGAUAAUCAGUGUAAGAUAGUAACAAUGGCUUCAACAUUUAUAAACAGUUUAUGUAAAUAGUAAGAGAAAAAAUUUGCUAGUUUUAUAUGCUAAGUGAAGAUUUUAAGAUUUAAAUUAUAUUGUUCCAGUUUUUUAAAGGGAAGCGCCACUUUCUGUAGAUAUCUUUAGGAUACUAAACCGGUUGAUCUUAAAAAUUUCGAUGAGGUAGUUGCAUUCGGUGCUUUCAGCUGGUUUACGAAACGCAAAUAGGAUAGGAACGUAUGAGAUGAUUUCCGACAAGAAACAAUCACAAAACAAAACGCUAAAAUAAAGAUGUAAUGUUACCAAGUCAGCUGCAAACCUGAAUAAAAUAAAAGAGUUAUUUU